UCCGCGAGCGAGGUCUUAUUUAAAUGAAUAGCACCGUUUUACCUCUCGAGCUGGAAAUGAGGUGCUGGAAUAUUGCUAAAUCCUCAAAUGAACAGCUGGUUAGUUGAUUAGACAUUUACGAAAAUUAGUAUCAGUUGGCACUACUAAGCCUUUUUUAAGGAGUUUUGAUUUGGUGGUUAAAUGUGAUAGUUCAGCUGUUUAUCUGUUUAGCCAAAUAUUAGAUAGCUAACCAGGUUAGCUAGCUAUCUGACUUUGUAACCUAGGCUAUUAGGUUAGCUAGCCAGAUUAACUCUAGCUGGUUUGUCCUGUGCUGGUAAAGGAAAAGUAUAGUUUAUUUAGGGACAAAGAGUAUUUUUAUAGCUGGUAAUUGAAAGAUGGCAAAUGUUUGUCAACGGAGACCUGUACUGGUGGAAAUCCCUGCUCCUCAGCCCAAACUUACAGGUCGUAUGCGGAGGUCUUAUAUGGAUAUUUUGGAGGCCCGCCUAACUCAUGUUUCUUACAGUUCUAGAAAUGGGAAACUUGGCGCAAGCUCCAAAAGUGGAAGACAGUUGGAAGCAGUUAUCCAAAGGCGAUGGAGCUGGAGAGGAUGCGACUUUCAGGCAGGAGAGCUGGAUACAUCUCGCACGUCUCUUUCCAGACGAGAGCUAGCCCAGCUUCUGAGUUCUCUAAUACUAAUGGAACAGAGUGGGCAGAAGCUAGAAUCUGGUUUUCCCCUGUCUGGUCUAAAAACAUUACUGGACCAGUUGCACCAGAAGAAGACAAAUGUUUACAGAUCUAUUCCGUAUUCUCGCCUGGGAUCCAACAGAGAUGCGCACUGCUACAGAAAAGCAUAUCCACACUUAUUAGCCUUCAAGCGUUCCUGUGUGGAGGGUGGCCAGAUUCUUGUGCAGAGUGGCAAGUUUGAGAAUGUUCUGGAGUUUGUGCUGGGGGCAUGGCAAUGUGCCAGUGAGCUUCCUCAGUGGGACACCAGCAACCACAAUAGUAUUCGUGAGCAGUGCUACCACGCACUAGCUGGGUACUGCACUGCGGCACUUCAGCACCACAGGCCAAGAGCUAGCAAGGCCAGAGAACUCUUGCGCAGGUUCAAAGUAGCACAAGUUCAGAAGCAGGUGAUGUCUUCAUGUAUUCGACAGCUGGAACAGCUAGUACAAGCACCAAAGGUUUACAAAGGAGAGCAGAGCUCACUUCACAGACAAAACAGCACUGAGGACUAGUAAUUCCCUUUAUAUACCUGAAGAAUAUAUUCGCCAUCAAAGAUAUUUCCAGGUUAUUACAAUCCAAGUUGCUUAUGGAUUCAGUACAAGUAUACAAAUUCAGAAUGCCUAAUAGGGUAAUACAGGUGACGGUGACCCUGGUAGGUUGUAGGGUCUGUUCCUCAUGCUUGAUAUGCUGGUAAAAAUGGCAGCUAUCGGUAUUGUCUUUGUAGAAAGAAAUCUUGCUAUGUUGUCUUCUAGCAGAGAUUUCAGAGAAUUUUGAAAACUAUUUUCCAAAACAUUUAAUUCAAAGUUGCCUGACUACUUGAAAAAGAUAUUAUUUGUGAUAAACUAUUUUAAAUGUAUGAGUGUAAAUAAAUGAAUGUUGCUGAAUCUUUUGGAUUGUAAAUUUGUGUGUAUUUAAGUGUACCAAAAGGAUUUCUGACACACUUGGCACGUCAGUGUUAGACUUUUUUUCUUAGAUACUUGCAAUUGAUAAACACUUUCAUUUUUCAUCUAAAUUAAUUUGCUUGUCAUUUAAACCCAGUUAUGUGAUAAGCGAAGCAAAAAUGUAUGGUGAAUUUCAACCAAAAGCUGUAUAUGCAUGCACAAAGGUGUUGGAGUGCAAGAGAAAAUGGCUGGUCGGGUUGCACUUGUGAGAAAUUCCAGCAGAGGGUGUUUGCGUACUUGAAAUGUAAACCUGCCCUUGUUUGCUUUUCUUGUACUGCGUCUCAUUGAUGUUUAUGGAUUUCUUGUUCUUU